AUGGCCCACACCGUGAACCUCACGGAGGCCGCGAGCUCCGAGCAUCUGUUCAAGAUCAACGGCUUCACGGCGACGAAGCAGAAGCCAAGGUCGUUCUCCCCGUCGAGGAAAUGCGCCGUCGGCGGCCACGACUGGCACAUCCAGUUCUGCGCCAACAGGUCGGGGCCGCCGAACCACCCUUCCGACAGCGGCGCUGGCUGGGUCAUGUUCCGCCUCAGGCUAAUGAGCAAACCAGCCGGCGGCGCGGUGGCGGCGUCGUUCGCUUGCCGCCUGGUGGAUCCGAACCAACCGGGACUGGGCGACUCCCCGGACCAAAUCUCCUCCGCCUCGUUCCACGCAUACGAGUUCCACGACGUCUACCUCGUCAGGCGGAGCGGGCUGGAAGGGUGGCAGCGUCGGUACCUGAAAGACGACUACAUCCUCGUGCAGUUCGCGAUCACCGUCCUGCUCGGGGAACCGAAGAAUGCGGUGGCAUCGGACGCCGGCCCGCCCCCGAGCGUUCCGUCCUCCGACCUGCACAGGCAGUUCGGCGAGCUGCUGCGGAGCCAGAAGGGCGCGGACGUGACGUUCCACGUCUCCGGCGAGUCCGUGCCCGCGCACAGGUCCGUGCUCGCGGCGAGGUCGCCGGUGUUCAUGGCCCAGCUGUACGGGCACACGAAGGAGGCGUCCACGUCCGCGCCGUGCGUGGAGGUCAAGGACAUGGAGGCGGAGGUGUUCAGGGCCAUGCUCCGCUUCAUCUACACCGACACGGCGCCGGAGCUGGAGCGGAGCGGGUGGCAGGCGACGGCGAUUGCGCAGCAUCUCCUGGAAGCCGCGGACCGGUACGGGCUGGAGCGGCUCAAGAGGAUGUGCGAGGAGAAGGUGUCCAUGGACAUCAGCGUGGGCAACGUCGCCACCACGCUGGCGCUGGCCGAGCAGCACGGGUGCGCCAAGCUCAAGGCCAGCUGCAUCGAGUUCAUCUUGGCUGUCCCGGAGAAUCUCUUUGCGCUCGCUGCGACUGAAGGGUACAAGCAUCUUUUUAUGCUGGGACGCCCAAAAGGUGUCACUACCAAGUACAGCUUGAAGCCUCUUGUCCCGCGCUUGUCUGAGCUCCUUGGAGUUAAUGUUGUUAUGGCCAAUGACUGCAUUGGUGAGGAAGUUCAGAAGUUGGCUGCUUCUUUACCAGACGGAGGUGUUCUGCUUUUAGAAAAUGUUAGGUUCUACAAGGAGGAAGAGAAGAAUGACCCUGAAUUUGCCAAGAAGCUGGCAUCUGUUGCUGAUCUCUAUGUAAAUGAUGCCUUUGGUACGGCACACAGAGCCCAUGCUUCAACAGAGGGAGUUACCAAGUAUUUGAAACCUGCUGUGGCUGGCUUCCUUAUGCAGAAGGAACUUGACUAUCUUGUUGGCGCUGUUGCCAACCCAAAGAAGCCAUUCGCUGCAAUUGUUGGUGGAUCAAAGGUGUCAACGAAGAUAGGGGUGAUUGAGUCUCUAUUGGCUAAGGUUGACAUCCUAAUCCUUGGUGGUGGUAUGAUAUUCACAUUUUACAAGGCCCAGGGAUAUGCUGUAGGCAAAUCUCUUGUUGAGGAAGACAAGCUUGAACUGGCAACUUCACUUAUUGAGAAAGCCAAGUCAAAGGGGGUCUCACUCUUGCUUCCCACUGAUGUUGUAGUGGCUGAUAAAUUUGCUGCAGAUGCUGACAGCAAGACUGUUCCUGCAUCAUCUAUCCCUGAUGGUUGGAUGGGCCUGGAUAUUGGCCCUGACUCCAUCAAGACUUUCAGUGAGACUUUGGAGACCACCAAGACUGUCAUCUGGAAUGGGCCUAUGGGAGUUUUCGAGUUUGAGAAGUUUGCAGCUGGCACUGAUGCGAUCACCAAGAAGUUAGCUGAAAUCACUGCUAAAGGCGUGACAACCAUCAUUGGAGGAGGAGACUCUGUGGCUGCGGUCGAGAAGGCUGGGCUGGCGGACAAGAUGAGCCACAUUUCGACUGGUGGUGGUGCGAGCUUGGAGCUGUUGGAAGGCAAGACCCUCCCAGGUGUCCUUGCUCUUGACGACGCGUAG